AUGGCUCCUCGUCGUGCUGCCAGUCGGGCCCAUAAGCCUGAAAAACCUGUACGAGCUGGACGCAUCACGAAAUCGAUAAAAGACGAACCAGUCAAGGCCUCAGUUUCACCUGACAGAUUGGAAGAUGCUCUCAGCGCCAAUCUUCUUCAGCCAGUUUAUGGUUCUCCCCCUGCAUGGUCAGAGGGCCGCCAACAGCUCUGCGACGCGAUCCCGUGGUUUCGCUGCACACAAGGCGCUAUGUAUCACAGCGAAGGAUUCUGCUACGGGUUUCUGAUUGAUGCUGACUGCGGAUCUCGUACCUAUAUCGACGACGAGGUCAUUAUCACAAGGAUUGGUGGAUGUUGCACCAAGGACUCGGAAGGAAAUCUGACUCUUGAGAAGAACCAAGACCCGCAAAAUGCUAUUGUGCAAAGUAUUAUGGGCAGCAUGAAUUCAAAGCUUGCUGUUGGUCUUGUCAUCGGAAGCAAAAACAAGAUUCUCAACCGAGACCUUCCCCAUCGGUAUAAUGUCAUGGACUGGUUCCGCGUUACCAAUGUCUGGUUUGAGAAAAUUGGCCAAAAGCACGGGGCCAAGGUCCGAUUCGAAAAACUGAGCCUCUGUGAGAAGAGCUGGUGGGCUCUGAAGGAUUCCCUUGCUCCAGCAACCUUCGAGGAACGAGAUUUCGAGACCCGUCCGGCAUCCUUUGAGUGCCAGAUCUGUUCCGAGAAAAGCUUUUUGCUUUACAACGAAGGAUGGAUGUGUCUGAACCCUGGUUGUGUUGACUUCUGGAAGAUUGAUGACGCUCUUCCUCCUGCUGAGCUCACCUUCACCCCUGACUUCUUGUUAUUUCGCCAUCGGCCAGACCCCACAGUACAGCCUCACUACAGUCUCGUACCGGAUCUACUUUCUACGUUAGAUGAGAAUGCCGCAGAUGUCAGCACUUCUCGCAUUGCAUGGAAAGGUAUUGUGUGUCCUGAAUGUUCCAAAUGCAUCCGCCGAACUUUCUGGCGAGGCUGGAAGUGCGAUGAUGAUCUCACCAAUGCUCAGGAAUGUGGCAAAAAAUGCCCAUUCGAAAAGUUCAUGAGCAUGAACCCGGUCUCGCUUCGUGUCGUUCUCGAUCAUUUUGAGCUGGCCCCAAUCAAGCGCGCAAUUCUUUUCGACAGAAAGUUCAGCCUCCCAGACAUUGAUGAUAGCUCCAUGUUUCCGUAUCGGAGAUUGACUUACAAAAUCGAGGGUGUCGGUUCUAUCACCCACUACGUGUCUAACAGAGCGAUUAAUAGCCGCAAGAAUGGUCCAGACGAUCUUUUCGUGAAUCUUCAACGUGAUGAUCUCGGAUUGAAGCGGUUCCGCCUCCAGUCAAGUCUAGUUGCUGGUACACUGACUUCUCACUUUGCUGUUAACUAUGGAAUGCCUUACAAAUACGUCGUGUCCGUUGAUUCCAAAGGUUUCGAUGAAGCACCUGAGGAUAUGCUGCGAGCUCUAGGUCGCUUGUCCUGGGCGACAGAGAACGCUGUCCUUUCCGCUGGGGACAACUAUCUACCUCCAAAUGAACUAUUGACACUUGGCUAUUUCGAAGAGAUGAAGAUAGGGUUCCAUGACGAUGGAGAAUCCUCAUUGGGCCCAAGCAUCGCCACCCUCUCACUCGGAGCGAAGGCAACCAUGCUGAUUCGCAUGAAGUACAAAUACUUCAAUGGAUAUACUCGAAAGGCCGAUAACAAAUCGAUUGGAACCCUUCUACAAGAUGAUCCCGUCCUAAAAGACUGCAUGUUUGAAAGCGAGCGCAAGGCCCUCAAACAAGAGCUCCACGAUGGAGAAAUCUCACAAGAUGAGUAUGAUAGCUCUCGUCGCGCUCUAUCAAAAGGCCGCAGGGGGAAAGAAGCACCAACCACAAUCAAGAUGGAACUUCACCAUGGCGAUCUGGUCGUCAUGCAUGGAGAGAAGCUUCAAAAGUAUUACGAGCAUGCUGUGGCGCCCGAGAACAAGCUGCGAUUUGCUCUAACCGCAAGAUAUGUUAAGCCUGAACAUGUCGAUCCCCGAGAAUACAAGAAAGGCGAGUAUUCCUUGGCCGCUGAGCAGAUUUACGAUGGAAAGUGA